AUGUAAAGACAAGUUUAUAUCAGUCCUGAGAGAAUGGUCGUUGAAAAACUAGAAAAGUAUCCAGCUCCCAAUGCAGACCCGAAUUUCGAUCACUCGCGAUUCCAAGAGAUAGAAGCUGAAUUCAGAGCCUUAGAUAUCGACCAAAGUGGAUGGCUGUCCUUGGCUGAAUUGGAGUUGCAUCUCAAGAGAAAGGGCUGUGAUCAGCAUUUGAUCCAAGAGAUCUUCAACGACCUAAACACUAACCAGGAUUAGAAGAUUUCAAAGGAUGAGUUCACACAUGGAUAUCUGAACAAAGAAUCCAAUCUCAAAGAAGAAAUCAAAUAGAUCGAAAUCAAAAUCAAACACCUCAGAUCCCUAGAAGAUGAUAUCAAAUCCAAAGUCACUUAAACCAACUGUUCUCAACUCAUACUCACCCUGCAAUCAGGAUGUCUAAGCUAAUUGUACCACUCCAAAGAUGAUCUUGUCAAGGCAUACAAACAAAUCGAAGUCAUCUUCCAUUGCAACGAAGCUUAGGAUGGCUUCGAGAGAAUAAGCAAACCAAGUCUCAAUUGCGAAUUCCCUGUUUGGGGAGACAAAUUCAACUACGCCCUCACUCAAGUUUUUGAGAUCACAAUCUCAAUAGAAUUAAUCGAAAUCGAUAAAUUGGAUAAGCAAUCCUUAGGCAAAAUCAUUCUCAAAAAGAGCUUGAAUUCUGAAUUUGACAAACAAGAAAAAAUCUAUUUUGAAAAUGUUGGAGAAGUCAUUCUUUAAAUUCAAUUUAUUAAAGAUUGGAAUGAAUCAGUUUAAUUUUAAGUUUCUUUUUAUGAAAACUGUAUUAACUAAUAUUUGGAAGAAAUCAAACAAAUUAAGAAGAAACUAUUCUUUAUGAAACAACUCUACACUAACAACAGUAAUAUUCAUUAUAAAAGUCUCAAACUUAAGGAAUCCUAACCAUAAUCUGUCAGAUUAUCCCAACUCUAAGACACAACCCAAAGAAACACUCAAUUCCCAUAAAUUCCAAUCUACUUAACUCAUCAAAUGGUUUAAGAAAUACACGUGAUUAAUUCACUUAAACCCCAGAAUCAACUAUCUCAUAGUAAAAUAUUCUAAGAGAAUCAACUGGCAACCAGUUUGCAACAUAAAUCAUUGUAUAAUCCUGCAUUAUAGCUUUCUCUACAAUAACAAAUCCCUGUCCCUGUUCAACAAGACAAAAACAUAAAAUCCUAUAAAACCGAUUUAAAAUAAGCUGACUCUAUUUAGAUUGAUUACACAAUUCAAACUAGUAUUAUUGAUGCAUUCAAUCAAUUUAAUCAUAAUCAAUCAGAACCAGAGGAAUUAGGUGUUGAUUUAUAAACAUUUGGUAAUGACGAAAGAUAUAAAAUGAUAUAUCCUUUAAUCGGUCUGAUUACCCUGAAUAUCGCAUACUCUAGAUGUGACUUUUUAGGUCUUCUGCUGGUGUUGUUGACAAUACCUUAUCAGAAAAAGAAAUGGAAUACUUAAUAAGUAAACUUUUAUUCGAUUGGAAUGAUGAUUUCUGCAAUUAUGGAUUUCUAUUGGUAUAUAUCAUCUCUAUUGCUAAGGCUCUUUAAGUUUUCAAAUUGUUUUUCUGAAUCUUAUCAAUGCAAUAAUUAAUAUGGAUUUGUCUUAGCCAUCUAUUUCUUUUGUUUUCUUGCAAUCCUAGGAAAACUCUACACAACCUAUAAAAUACGUUCCUAUUAAUGA